CACCCCCUCUCCCGUGACCACGUCACGUGAUUAGUGUGCAUCGUGACGUCCCGUCAGCUGACUGCGGUUGUAGAAGUCGGUUCAUCUUCGACCUUCGUCUCGGUUAAUUCCUCCGGUACCAGCUCCGGUUCCAGCUCCGCAGUCCGCCACUCCUGUCCCGGUCAUGGCGAGUCAGUCUCAGGGGAUCCAGCAGCUGCUGCAGGCCGAGAAGAGAGCGGCCGAGAAGGUGGCGGAGGCCCGCAAACGUAAGAACCGGCGUCUGAAGCAGGCGAAGGAGGAGGCUCAGGCUGAGAUCGAACAGUAUCGUCUUCAGAGGGAGAAGGAGUUUAAGACCAAAGAAGCUGCCGCCCUUGGUUCCCAUGGUAACAGUGCUGUGGAGGUGGACCGCGACACCUUAGAACGGAUGGGCCGUAUCCAGGCCAGUUACCGUGGUAACCGGGAGGCGGUGCUGGGAGAGCUGCUGCGACGCGUCUGUGACAUUCAGCCGGAGUUUCACGCCAACUACCGUGUGGCUGGCUGAGGGGCGGGGUUAAGGCCAGGGGGGUGGGUCAAACAUGGGAUAUGUGGAUGUUGGCAAAUUAGCUUUGUUGGCGUGUUUUAGUUUUUGUUUCAAACUAAAUUCUGCUAAACACAAGGGAAAUAUCAAAACUUUUAUUUUUAAGGUGAGAAGUUGUUUUCCUGCUCUGUGUGCAAAAAUGAGAUCGUAAAUAAAUGUUGGUGUUACAGUG